GCAGCCAUUAAAGAUGUUGACUCCAUUCCUCGGAAAAAGCAAAGGCAAAUUACUCAACUUAGUUGAACGGAAAACCAGACAUAUGAUGUACAGCGAAACAGUAGCAUACAAAGGAGCGUUUUUAUAACUUCUGUUAGAGAGAAACUUCUGCCUUAUUAUAAAGGAGGAGUAGAAAUAGAUCCACAACAGGAAGAGGAUAUCAUUAGAGAAGUCUAUGACGAGGUCAACGACCUCUUCAUAGACGAACACUGGAUGAUCUCAAACGGAGAUUUAUUAGAACAAACCUUUGCCAUGCUUAGUCCUCUCAAGAAGAUAUGAACUCAUAAUAAGCUAAAAUGGUAUACAGAUGAAAAUUAUGAUCUAAUGCAUCCAAAUGACUUUCAGAUUCACCUCAGGUCUGAAGAUUUAGUUAAAGAAGAGAAAAGUCUCUGGGAAGUCAAGCCAGAAUUGCUUGAUUAUCUUAAAUAAAGAAGUGGGCCAUAUAGUCGAAUACAAGCAGUCUAAUAUUGACCAUCAUGAAGCAGGAGAUGGGAUAUUCGUAAAAACUCAUAAUGGACAGAGUCUGCUACCAGGAACUUUACUCGGUUUUUAUCCUGGAGUUAUUCGAUCUCAAUUUACGAAAUUGCUUCAACAUAAUGAAGAAUCUAUGAAUUUUAACAUUAAAAGGUAUGAUAGCUUUUGGAUAGAUUCUGAAGCUCUUUUACCUUACCCAGCAAAGCAGAACUUAUCUUUAUCUGAAUUAAAAUAAAAGUGUUAAUUUUUUGAAUUCUGCUAUCGGUGGUGAAGAUUGUAUUGAAUUCGUUGAUCCAGAAUAUCUGAACCCCUAUGCUAUUGGGCAUAAGAUAAAUCAUCCUCCUCCAGAAGUGGCUGCCAAUGCAGAACUGGUUGAUUUUGAUAUACCUUACACAUGGUUCCCUGAAGAAUAUAGAGUUCAUCUUCCUUACAUAGAUGAAAAAGAUUUUCAUGGAGAAGAAUCUAUAGCCAGGAAAAAUAUACUUAGAGGUGUAGCAGUACUCGCAUCCAGAUUCAUUGAAGAUGGCGAAGAAAUCUAUUUUGACUACCUGAAACAGCCUAUGGCUUGGAGGAACAUAACUGAGGACUGGCUGGUGCUCUCACCUCCUAGCUCACCUUUAUUGCAAAAGAAAAAGUUAACUACAGAGGUUCCUCUCUUGUUCAAAAUUAUGCUAGGAAUUCGAGAUUUGAAAUUGGGAGAGAAAUUCGAUACUUGGUACGAAAGAAUCGAAGCUGAGCCGCCCUCCUUUGAAUUAAAAUCACGGAAGAAAGUUACCAAGAGUGUUAAGGAAAGACUUGCUCUUAAACAAGAAGAGGAACAGAAGCGGAUCUCUGAAGGAAAGCAGGAUGAAAAGGAAUAA